AUGGCAACCGUCAAACUACCGGAGGGACACUGCGUGAAUCUUCAUCCACGGCCUCAGCAGCCCAGCCCCUACAAAGCAUAUCGAGCCGAAUACAAUAAUAUCACCGAGCUUUCAGCAGCGACCCCGUCUCCAUACACACCAGCAGCGGCGGGCAACCUCCGCAGGUCUAAAGCCACCAAACUUCCACUCCCAAAGGCCUUGGCCGACAAGAACAAGGAUCCACGAGGAGAAUUGCAUUCUUCAAGUUCAGUACCUCGACCAGCGCCACUUUCAAUCCGUUCGGCUUCAGCUCGAAACGAAGGGGCAGAAGCUGAAUCUAUGGCGAAGGAUCGGGACCAAUACUGGCGGAAGAUCCGUGGUAAAAAUGACAAAGAAUCUCCAAAAGAGUACAACACCGAAAGCACGAACCAGGCGCAGAAAUCUUGGUACCAGAACAAAUACGAAACCAACACCGAAGACGAUCUGUUCGUCACGCACGGAGCCAGUCUUCGAACUGAUAUUGCGGUUUCCAGCAGCAGCAACAACAAUCUUGCGCGCCACACUCGAACCAGUGCUCAUCGACAGGUGGAGAGCGAAACGAAAUGGCGGAAACAUGGCGACCUCUGCGUGGAUGCCGAGCCCAACGACAUCAUGCCACAGAGGUCCGAAAGGAUAGAGCAUACCACUGAUUCCAGCGGACAAUCCCAUCCGUCAGUUUCGCCCGUGUCUGCUGAGGACAGCUCAAUGACCGAAUGGGAGGACAGAUUCGUUGUUCAUAUGCCGACCGCUAAAGAUCCCAAUCCGCCAACGAUGACCGCGCACCAGAUAGCCCAGUAUCAGCAGAGUAUCGAAAAAGUGCAUCGGAGUGGUGGACAGAUGGUUGAUCCUGACGCUCUUCCUAGUCCCCCACGGUCGUCUCCCAAAGUGAAAGCGAACUCAGGUGCUUACCAAGACCAGAAGACAGGCCCUUUCAAAGCCUACGACGGGCGUCCUAUGCCAUCUUUGCCAGAGACCAACCAGCAACUAGCAACUCCAGCUCAACCCCAGGGCCCACCUGGCUACUACAGCCCGGAUGAAAUUGGGAAGAAACGAUUUAGCACGAUUUGGGAAGAGUCGUCGCCUUCGAAAAGUAAAGACAAACGAUCCUCUGCGGCAGACGGUUCUUUUUUAGGAUGCAAACAGAUCAAUGGGCCCCGGGAGCAGCCUCGGGAGCAGCCCCGAGAAGAUACUAUUCUCGCUCCGGGGGAGAAGAACCCAGACGAAAUCCUUCUAUUCUCCGACGAAACCAGCUCAGAUCCUCAACACGCUCCGCCCAAGUACGAAUUGAAGAGCCGGCAGAUAGAAGAGCAGAACGCACCAGCUGCCCAUCGUACGGUGCGGACAGCAGAGAAGGCCGCCCUUCAAAACGAGUGGGCACCAACUUCUCGGAAUAUGAAGCAUGUCCAAUGCUCGAAGCCAUCGUCCAGGACGAUGUGCCGGGAUCACAGUUGCCAGCAACACGAGGGAUCAAGAGAAACCUCUCAGAACUCGAACUCGAACAAGGAAAACUCCCACCCUACUGGCCACUCCCGCCUGCCGGAGAUCCCGGACGACGAUCCCCGAGGCGACGAUGUGUUCAUUAUCACACCCACUAUCACACGCACUUGGAUUCCCACGACCGAGAAGAAAGCCCUGUAUCCAAAACCGCAAGGAAUCCGACGUCCUUCUGUUGGAAAUGGCCACGCCGUCACCGGCGAGGCCAUGAAGGCCGUCCGCGCGAAGCCUCAGAUGGUGUCCACCACUCCUUCUGGGCUACGACCCGCGAUUCCAGCGUCGCUCACAAGCUCAACCGGGCCGAAGAUGACACACUCUCAAACAACACAGCUCUGCAGGGCUCUUCCCGCCAAGGUCGACGCGAAAGAGAAAGAAGAACGACCCCCAAACAUAAGGCAAGGUUCAGGCGGUAUCCGUGGGUUCAUCCGUACCUCCGGGCUGGUCAAGUCGCCUAGUGACGGCCUGACUUCAAUCAUUCGCACUGGGGUUGGCUCUCUUCAUCUCCCGGAUCCUACACGAAAACCGUCCUCGAUUACCUUCUCAGCGCCUCCGUCGCGGGACAACUCUGACUCGUCCAAAUCCAGCAAAUCGUUCUACUCGGCGAAGGACUCUACGCCGCCGUCUUCAAUCAAGGAGGACCACACCAUGGUUCACUCUUUGCUUCGGACUGCUAAGGUCGUGGAAAUCGCUGAACUGGAUGGUCAGCAGGUGUCUAAUCCAAAGGAGUCAAUUCCAGUUCCGAAGGAGGUGCCUAAGGUGGCAAAGGAAGCACACAAACCUGUCAAGGAAGCACCUAAACCUGUCAAGGAAGCCGCCAAAGUGCCCAAGGAAGCGCCCAAGGAAGCACCCAAGUUGCCCAAGGAAGCGUCCAAAUUGUCCAAAGAGACAUCCAGGUUGUCCAAAGAGAUCCCUAAACCCAACACUGCACAAACUCGUGCCGAGGCGCGUGAGGUCCGAUCGCUGGAAAAGACCACGACUCGCGAGAAGCGACACUCCAGCAAAGACAAGCCCAAGGAGAAGCACAGUUCCCGCAAGGAUACAUCUCCGCUGGACACGGCAAUCGCCGUCAAGGAUGUAAAAGACGCCUUCAAUCCAGUGGCACUGUCACUGGUAUUCGAGCUCGCCGUCGCCAUAGCCUCGUACAUCCACCGAAACUUCCGCAACUGGGUCGAUAACCCGCACGUCAAAUCCGUGCUGAACAGUAUCAUGAACAUGGCUCGCCACUGCUACCGCGUGUUCAUGUGUAUCUUCCGCGCUGUCUCCCAGUACCAGUCUACAGGAUCUUGGCCCAAGCCCCGCAACGACCAAGCUAUCAGUAGGUUCCUGGUUGAACUGCUGCAGGCUAUUGUGUAUCUGUUUGUUCUGGGCUUCGGCGCUGUGGUCAUCGGACGGGUUGCAGGCUACGUCGUUCUGGUGGGCAGCUGGGUCGUCUGGUUUGCGAGACCUUUUGCUUGGACCGUUCAGAGCGUCGGCCGAGCUGUGUUUUAG